CUCCCUCCUCCUCUCUGACAGUGUUCGUGUAAGGUCAGGUGUUGCUGUCGGAAGGAAUCUAGGCCGUCGGAUCGUGGGUGGAGGUAGAUCGGACGGCGGAGAGAUGAGCUGCAACGGGUGCAGGGUGUUGAGAAAAGGGUGCCGCGAAGGAUGCGUACUGAGGACGUGCCUGCAGUGGAUCGCAUCCCCAGAGGCCCAAGGCCACGUCACCCUCUUCCUCGCCAAGUUCUUUGGUCGCAGUGACCUCUUCUCCUUCAUCUCCGCCGUUCCUCAGCCGCAACGCCCCGAUUUGAUAAAGUCGUUACUGUAUGAGGCUUGUGGGCGUACGGUGAACCCUGUGGAUGGAGUGGUGGGUUUGCUUUUGAGCGGAAAGUGGCGGCUCUGCGAGGAGGCGGUGGAGACUGUCCUCGCCGGUGGAGUUCUCAAGCCACCGUACGACGGUUCGCCGGCGGAAAAAGAUUCCGGCGGGUGGAUUCAUCACCGGCGGAUGGGGAAGAGGAGGGGUCGUGCCAAGUCUGGUUUCCGGGGGCUAGGGAGGGACUAUACGGCGUCGUGUUGGAAGGAGGAGAAAGUUUCGUCGUCAUCGACGACGGCGACGAGCUUCGAGAGCGGCGGAGAAGAUGAUCGGAGACGGCGAGGGUACGCCGGCGAGGAGACUAAGCUUUUGAAUCUCUUUGUUUGAUCUGUAUGAGUGAGAUUGAGAAAAAAAGGCGAAGUAUGUUUUUUUUUGGACAUCGCCGGCGAAUAUAGUGGAAUAAAUUUUGAUAUUAAUAAAUAAUAAUAAAUGAAAAGGUGUAAUAAUAUUA